AUGCAUUCCCCUCUUUCCCUCUCGGUUCUCUUCGCCCUCCUGGGGCUCGCGAGCGCACAGUUCAACUUCUUCGAGCAAAUGUUCGGUGGUGGCGGCGGCGGCCAGCAGCAACACCAGCAGCAGCAGAACGUCCCCUCAGAUGCUUCAUUCUACAGGUCACAAGUCGACAGAGCGUACUGUAGCAAUUACCUAUGCCCCGACACCCUCGCCUGCGUCCACUUCCCACACCAUUGCCCCUGCGCGUGGCCUAGUCACGAGGACAAGUUUGAGCUUGCGGACGGACAGCGGGUCUGUGUGUCCAAGGGGGGUUUCAAAGAAGGAGAGGCGGCUCGAAAGGUUGAGUUGGCGAGAAAGGGGUUGUUAUGA